AUGGAUCAUAUCGUGGGGCUACUAGCACUCCUUACCGCCGUCGUGAUAGUUCGAUCAGAGCCGCACUCUUUACCGCCAAUCUUUCUUUACGAUGACUACGACAACUGUCAGACACAGGCGUCCGUGUACUGUUACGCCCGUGCUGUGCUGCGGGUGGAUCAAUUUCCGGCCGAUUUCGUAGUGCCUCAAACAGAAAGCUUGGAUCGGAUCGUCUACAAUCACAGAGUCCAUCAUCUGGAGCUGGGAGUGUGUUUGCGUGAGUGUGAAAAAGAGCUGGAGGGUUUAACCGUAGCCCAAAAGGAGUCACUUUAUCGACCACAAAUUCCAGUCAACUUUACCGUUUUAAUACCGAACGAGCUGUUUCCCACGAUUCAAGACGAUAAGCGCCGGUACGAGACGAUGGUGAACGUGUGCGUAAACCAACGACUCCGCACGCGUUAUAACAUUACCGGUUACAUUGCGCUAGAGUACUGUCGACCUGAAGCUGCCAAACAAACGGCCCGUCCGUUCGAUUUAUUGGAACAGCUGUUUCUAACUAUUUCGGGGACACUGGUAGUAACGCUAUUUCUAACAUCAGUACUGGAUGUCAGCGGAAUCAACCAAGAUAAUGCAUUUGUUUCCGCAUUCUCCUUGCGACGGAACUGGAUUCGCUUGCUGUCCAAACCCGACUCUACAUUGCACCGGGACCUACUGUACAUCGAUGGAUUACGUGUGAUCAUUAGCCAUCUUGUGAUUGUCUUGCACACCUUCUUGAUCGCAGGUGCCGCACCUUCACAGAACUAUGGCCUAAUAGAGCAAUUGGUUUCCUCCACGCCAAUGAUGAUGUACGUGUCGGCAAACGCUUUCCUGGUGCAGGUGUUCUUCACGAUCGGUGGAUAUUUGCUGAGUGUGAACUUCCUGCGCGAUGCCGAAAAAAGUCCGAUCGAUGCCCGGUACAUUGGCAACAAGAGUCUAAAUCGCUUGCUUCGGCUCCUGCCCGUUUAUGCAUACUUCCUGCUGUUCUCCGUCAGCCUGAACGUGCGCUUCGACGUAAACCUGAACGGGUACCGGUUGUUUACGGUGGAAAAUGCAAUCUGCCGCCAGAACUGGUGGGCUAAUUUGCUUUUCGUCAACAACUUCCAGUGGCCGGAAGAGCUCUGCCUGAUGCACACCUGGUAUUUGGCGGUCGACUUCCAACUGUUUCUGAUGGCGAUGGCGCUACUUUUGGUGAUACACCGAUGGCCCAAGCAUGUGGGUGCGGUGUUUCUGUGCGGUGUGGUAGCAUCUUUUGUGAUACCGGGCUAUAUAGUAAACCGGCACCGGUUGCAUCCUGUGCUACCGGCUAGGCUGAGUGAAAUGAAAUUUCUUAUGAUGUACGAUCCCUGGUUGCGGCGAAUAUAUCUACCCAGCUAUGCCAACACCGGAUGCUAUCUGUUUGGUGUAAUAGCCGGAUAUCUUUACCAUGCUGCGAAGAAAAACCGCAUUCAGCUACAACGAUCUUUGCUAUAUACAACUAUCAACAGAUGUGUGACGCCCGUUCUUAUUGGGGUGAUCGUGGUCUCUCCCCUCUGGUAUACCGUCGAUAUACCGAAACCCAACCUCUGGGUAUCCGCGUACAGUGCGCUCUAUCGGAAUGUCAUCGGUAUUUUUGUGGCCGUUUGUUUCGUGCGGUGCAUUAUCACACCUCCCGGCAUCAUACGCAAAGUUCUCAGCUCGAAAGUACUGACCGCACUCGGCAAACUUACGUACAGCGUUUACGUGCUGCACGAUGUGGUGAUGCGGUUUGUGCUGUUAAAUAAACGGACGGAUAGCAUCAUCAGCGUAUCAACGAUUGUGCUGAACUUGUGCAUUGUAAUCGUGCUAGCGUUCAGCGGAGGACUGGCAGUAUUUCUUGCCAUCGAACAGCCCAUGAUACAGCUUAUCAAACCGAUCAUAAACAACAUGCGGAGAGUUCCACCGGACCAAAAGCAAAGUCUUAAAAUGGGAAGCUUCUGUCAUGUGCUGAGUGUGAUGUGUAUCAUAAUCGUAGUGGGAAUUGAUGGUGAAUUUAUCGAAAUGUCUCAGUAUCACCGCAUGCCAAAGCUGUGGCAAAUGGAUGACUAUGACGACUGUCUUCAAUCCUCUGGUCCAGAUGAACCGGCCGGUGUUUACUGUACCAGUACGGUCGUACUGAAACCGGACAAUCGUUCCGAGCUUUGGAAAUUGAUCGAGGAUUUUUCCAGCGAUUAUAAGCGCCACUUCAAUCAUCAGGUGGUGAGAAGGGGCACGUGCAUAAAAAAGUGUCAAAAAACGAUCGAAAAACUAUCACCAGCGGCAAGGAAAGCGCUGACGGUGGAAAAAUUCCCGAUAGAUAUUAGGUACAAAUUCGAUGAUGGUAUCUUGGAAAAUGUCGACAUCGAUCGUGAAGUGUAUGCGGAUGUGGUGGAGAUUUGUAUCAACAGUGAGCUGAAUGAGACGUACGGUUUGCUGGCCUACACCGAAAUACUGUCGUGUGAUAAAUCUUCCGAUGAGAUUCAUAUAGAUGCACUUGAUAUGUCGUUCUUGAUUAUUCUCUGUCUGCUUGUCGGCUGUGUGAUCCUUUCGUCAUGGUAUGAUAGUUCAGUCAACUAUAAACUCACCUCGGAACACUACAAACAAGCGCUGGAUAGUAAACGUAAAAUGGUCUGGGUGUCAUUCUCCAUACAGCGAAACUGGUACCGACUAACGUCACGAUCGCGAGACGAAAUGCAUCAAAAGUUGCGCUUCUUUCAAGCAUUCCGAUUUCUCACAAUGGCACUCGUCAUCUUUGGCCAUGCCGCCUUACUGCUGACCGUCUCGCCGACCACCCAUUCGGAAAAGCUGGAGCAACUGAUGCACAACAUCGGCAGCAUGAUUCUCACGAACGGUGUACAGAUCACGCAAACGUUUCUCGCGAUAAGUGGUACGCUGUUGGCGAUACAGGUUAUGAGUUUGGCCGAAAAACGAAAGCGUCGCGUUAGCUUCCUUUAUGUCCCGAUGGCCAUUCUUUAUCGAUACAUACGAUUAACUCCAGUAUACGCGUUUGUGAUCUUACUUCAUGCCACGUGGUUGCUUAAGCUGCAAACGGGUCCAUUGUGGCGUUGGGGAGCUGAAACGGAACAGACAUUCUGCCGGCGAAAUUGGUGGACGAACUUGCUGUACAUCAACAACUAUGUGCAUUCUGACGAACCGUGUGUCCAGCAAGGAUGGUAUCUUGGUGCGGAAUUUCAAGUGUUCGUCAUUGCACUAAUCGUGCUGAUUACCAUCGUCAAUUAUCCUCGUGCCAAGAUCCUAAUUUUGACGGCUGUACUCGUUUUGGCGUACGUCGUUCCAGCUUUUUUCAUCUACUUCCAAAAGCUGGAGGGAGUGUUUGUGGUUACACUCGAAGCGCAACGAUACGUCCUUUGGUACGACAAGUUUUAUCUACAAGCGUACAUCCCAACGCACAUUAACUUUGGCAACUAUAUGCUGGGCGUUCUGACCGGUGUUAUCUACACGGAGCUUCGCAAGCGUUCGAUAAAUCUCGCCGAAAGUAGAACGUUCCGUGCCGUGUGGUACGCAACGAUUAUUGUCGUUCCACUCUCGAUGCUACCGGGGUACAUAUUCUACGUGAACGAUUUCGAAACUCCAUCCGUUUGGAUGGCGGUUUAUUUUGUCAUCUCGAAGAACCUUUUCGGCAUCGCUGCUGGAAUCGUUAUUAUUGGCUCGAUCUACGGCGUUAACGGUGUACUGCAACGAAUACUCAACUAUCCAUUUUUCGAACCAUUGGGCCGGUUAGCGUACGGUGCCUACCUGAUUCAUCCGUUCGUGAUGCGCUACAUGUUUGUCAGCGCGCGUGGACCGGUUUACUAUAGCGAUAUACUCACGCUUUCCUUGGUGUUAGGAGCGACGGUAAUGUCCUGCUUGAUGUCAUUGCUGUUUUGUUUACUGCUUGAGCUACCUACAUCUGCUUUACAGAACAUUCUAUUUGGAAGUUUUAAAGGUAGUAACAACACAUUAUCAAAACAUUAUGCGCUCAAGGAGAUAAACCGCAUUUUUACAACUUUACUGCAUUUUACAGAACAAAAAUCGAACCGCAUUGAUGUAGAGAGUGCCACCAAUCAAGGACAAACUACAAUCACGCCGGAUUUAGAACAAAAGAAAAAUGAAUUAUAA